AUGACUGAUAUGGCCGCCGCCCUCGCCGCCGACGGCGCAAUUCCCGUCGAGGAAACCGCCCAGAACCUUGCCGCCCCUGCCCGGAGCGCCUUUGAGGAGGACGGCGACCUGGCCAAGGUUGAGGACGAGCUGGCCACCCUGUGGUCUGCUGUUCUUACCGCCGCUGAGCAGACCCCGCACCAUCAGCAGGACAGACUAGUCCAGGUUGUACACGCCAUCAAGGAGAUGCCGCAGCCCGUCCAUGAGAGCAAGAAGCUUGAGAUAUGGGGAGAAGAGCAGCACUGGAACCAGCUGCCGUUAUUUGGCGCAAACGCCCGGGAGCGCUUGGAUACUGCUCGAGAAAAAUCCCCUGCCGCCUUUGUCAACCUCAACGCCUUCUUCGCUCGUGCGACCGCCGCCGAUGUCGACGACUUCAGCCUCUUUGCCGUCUGGAUUUUCCGUGAAGCGCUCGAGGACCCCAAAAAGGAUGAAAUUUCAAAAGUCACGUCGCCAGAAUUGCUAGAAUCUGUUUCGGUAUGGUUGCUUUAUGCGGCUGAGCCACUGGCAAAAUUGAGCAGAGAGCAGAAGCAAUUCGAUGGCAAGCUGGCGAAGCCGGGAAACAGUCUGGCAAUGUUGAACGAUAGUCCUGGCUGGAAGGGCCUCUGUCAAGAGAGGUGGAAGACUUGGUUGGAUCGGCUCGCAUCUUUAAACGAGACUGAGUUGACAGCACAGACUGGAUCUUUGAUCAGUCAGGCUUUGGGCAACGCCUCAAAGGUGUAG